AUGAAUGUUGAUUUUGCAAGUGGUGAAUUGUCCAAUGCUGGGAUUUCUGAUUUUGUGCUACAAAUGCAGGGAAUAGUUCUCUCAAUUGGCAACCUAGUGUCAGAUUCAUACUUUAAUUCCUUUACAAGUCCAAUUAUCAACAAAAAAGUUGAAGAUAAAACUUGUGGUGAGGGACCAAGCCUGGCAACUAUCCUUGAAGAUGACAAGUAUUUGGUGGAAACCAUCCAGAAGAUUCUGGAUUGUAUUGAGUCAGGAUUUAAUGCAGCAGUUAUGUUUGCAGAAAUGUUUGAAAUGUUUCGGACAGAUUUUCUGGAAAAUGAAGCCCUUGAUUUGCCAGUUCUUAUGAAAGAGGAGCAUGAUAUUUAUUUCUUUACGAGUUGGCUGGAAAAAUAUCACAAGCAGCAUGCUGACGCAGUCAGUAUUAAGCAGACUAAGAACUUAGGACUGCUGCUUAUAGAUAACACAUCUCUCAAGAAGACAAUAAUCCCUUCACCUAUACGCUGUCUGGAGGCUAUUAAUGAGAUUCUUCCAGUUCUUGCCAAGAAGAAGACAGAUGAUAUUAUUCACGAAGUGCAAGAUGCUGAGUAUAAACUUGAAAUAGUUCCAACUGGAACCAUGGAGUAUGUGAAUAACUUGCUAUUCCUUGACGAAAUGCAGGAUAGGAUUGAAUUCUUGGAUGAAGAAGCAACUGUUGUUGUAAUGAUGUAUCAGCUCAUCGAAAAGUAUAAGAUUGGUACACCUCCUGAGGAUCUUGCUGUAUUUGCAACUCUAAAGCCUUCAAUAAGUGUACUUCGCACUGUCAUUGACAGAGCAGUCAGUGAAAGAGACAGCAACAUUACCAAGCUAUGUCGCUGCAUGGAUAAAGACAUUGAUGUGCUGAAUGAGGAGGUCAGAGCAGUGAGGAUUAAAGAACAGGAUCCUCAGCUUCUAGACAUCAAUUCUGACAGAGAAAAAGUGAAAAGCACUCUGGCAGACAUGCAGAUGGUGAUGGAUGAAUUACAGAAACGAGCAUUUCAGUAUAAAUCUUACCAGAAGAACUUCAAGGUUGAGAUAUCUAAAUUUGAUUUGCUGGAAGAAGUGCAUGCUGAUGUGAAACUAAAGCAACUUCUUUGGAAUUCCCUUAAUGACUGGGACCUCCGUGUAGAUGAAUGGCUUCAGCUUAAAUUUGAAACCAUUGAUGCAGAAGAAUUAGCAAGUGAAGUUGCAAAGUACAGCAAAUUUGUGAAUCAACUGGAAAAAGGUCUACCCUCAAAUACUGUAGCAGCUACACUUAAAGAUAAUGUAGAGCAGAUGAGACAAAAGCUUCCUGUAAUCACUGAUUUGAGGAAUCCCUUCCUAAAGCACAGACACUGGGAAUUAAUAGAACAUUGCAUUGGUGCUAGAUUGAUUGAUGUUGUCGAACCUGUAACUUUGGCUCGACUAAUAGAACUUAAUGCAUUUGAUCAUGUUGAGGAAAUUCAGAAUGUGUCAGGCCAGGCCUCUGGAGAAGCUGCCUUGGAGACAAUUUUGAAAAAGGUGGAAGAUGGAUGGAAAAUUACUGAGUUUGUUGUGCUUCCUCAUCGUGAUGCUAAAGAUGUUUUCAUUCUUGGUGGUACUGAUGAAAUUCAGGCAUUGCUGGAUGAUAGCAUUAUCAAUGUAUCAACCAUAGCCUCCUCACGUUAUGUUGGACCUAUUAAAAAUCGUGUUGAUGAGUGGCAAAGGCUUCUCUCACUAUUCAAUGAAACCUUGGAGCAAUGGAUGAUGUGUCAGCGAAACUGGUUGUACUUGGAGAGUAUUUUCUGUGCCCCAGAUAUUCAACGCCAGCUGCCUGCAGAGGCAAGGAUGUUCACUCAAGUGGAUAAAUCCUGGAAGGAAAUCAUGCGAAAAGUAAAUCGCCUACCCAAUGCUCUGAGAGCAGCUACCCAACCUGGUUUGUUGGACAUUUUCUUGAAUAACAAUGCAUUAUUAGAUCAAAUUUUGAAAUGUCUGGAGGCUUAUCUUGAAUCUAAGCGGGUGAUCUUCCCCAGGUUCUACUUUUUAUCCAAUGAUGAGCUGUUGGAGAUCCUGGCACAGACACGUAACCCACAGGCUGUCCAGCCACAUCUGCGGAAGUGCUUUGAUGCAAUUGCAAGACUGGAAUUUGCACUAGCUUCUCAGACUGAAGAGAAAACGGCUGAGGGAGAACCCGAGAAGGUGUACACCAAUGAUAUCUUGGCAAUGCUCUCCCCUGAAGGAGAAAAGGUUAGUUUGGGAAAGGGACUUAAGGCAAGAGGAAAUGUAGAAGAUUGGCUUGGAAAAGUCGAGGAAGCUAUGUUCUCAUCUCUUCGACGUUUAUGCAAAGUUGCAAUUGGUGAUUAUCAAACUCAGUCAAGAGUCCAGUGGGUAGUGUCUGGACAUCCUUCUCAGGUCAUAUUGACCAUUUCACAGCUGAUGUGGUGUCGCGAUUUACACCAUUGUCUGGAGAGUGAUGACCAUGACCGUGUUGCAGCCACUGUUGAAUUUGAAAAAACUAACUUUAAGAGACUUAAUGCUCUAGCUGCUUUGGUUCGAGGGAAGCUCUUAACCCUGCACCGAAGUAUUGUGACUGCACUCAUAACCGUUGAUGUUCAUGCAAGAGACAUUGUCACUGAGCUGGUGAAAGAAAAGGUGGACACAGUAAAUAAUUUUGAGUGGCAGAGACAGCUACGCUAUUACUGGGAUCUUGAUGCAGACAACUGUGUGGCUAUGAUGGCCCUAUCUAUUUAUACAUAUGGCUAUGAGUACCUGGGAGCAUCUCCUCGGUUGGUCAUUACACCACUUACUGACCGUUGUUACCUCUGCCUCAUGGGAGCAUUACAGCUAGAUCUAGGAGGAGCUCCAGCUGGCCCUGCUGGUACUGGUAAAACAGAAACAACCAAAGAUCUUGCCAAGGCCCUAGCCAUCCAAUGCGUUGUUUUUAAUUGCUCUGAAGGUUUAGAUUACAAGAUGAUGGGACGUUUCUUCAGUGGUUUAGCUCAGUCAGGAGCUUGGUGCUGCUUUGAUGAGUUCAACCGGAUUGAUAUUGAAGUGCUUUCUGUCAUUGCUCAGCAGCUCAUCACAAUUAGAAACGCUAAAGCAGCUAAGCUUUCUCGUUUCAUGUUUGAAGGUAGAGAGAUCAAAUUGGUUAUGUCUUGUGCAGCAUUCAUUACUAUGAACCCAGGUUAUGCUGGAAGAACAGAAUUACCUGACAAUUUAAAGGCUCUUUUUAGACCCAUUGCAAUGAUGGUUCCAAACUAUGCCCUUAUUGCUGAGGUCAUCUUGUAUUCAGAGGGUUUUGAAUCUAGUAAGGUUUUGGCACGAAAGAUGACCCAGAUGUACAAAUUAUGCAGUGAACAACUAUCCCAGCAGGAUCAUUAUGACUUUGGUAUGAGAGCAGUCAAGUCUGUGCUUGUCAUGGCUGGGUCUCUGAAGAGAGCGAACCCAGAUUUGAGUGAGGAUGUUGUGUUGAUUAGAGCCUUGAGAGAUUCUAACCUACCAAAAUUUCUGUCAGAUGACGCAGUGCUUUUUGGUGGAAUCCUUUCAGAUUUAUUUCCAGGCGUUGUUAUUCCAGACCAUGAUUAUGGUUCAUUCCAGAAAACAACUAUUGAUGUUAUGCUUAACCGUGGCCUGCAACCUAUCUCUACUAUGAUUGUGAAGGUCAUACAGUUGUAUGAAACCAUGAUUGUGCGGCAUGGUGUUAUGUUGGUUGGACCAACUGGAAGUGGAAAAACUACAGUUUACCAAGUUUUGGCAGAUACUCUUGGGACUUUGCACAGCGCUGGAGAGGAAGACCCAAACUAUCAGCCAGUAAAAACAUAUGUGCUAAACCCCAAGUCAAUCACAAUGGGUGAACUAUAUGGUGAAGUAAAUAAUGUGACAAUGGAGUGGAAUGAUGGACUAAUGGCACUUAGUGUUCGUGCAGCUGUGAAUGAUGUAAGUCGUCACCACAAAUGGAUUAUUUGUGAUGGUCCUGUCGAUGCACUGUGGAUUGAGAAUAUGAACACAGUUCUUGAUGAUAACAAGAUGCUGUGCCUUGCAAACAGUGAACGGAUUAAACUCACUCCAUAUAUUCACAUGGUUUUUGAGGUGCAAGACUUAAAGGUGGCCUCUCCUGCCACUGUUAGCAGAUGUGGGAUGGUUUACAUUGAUGCAGAUGAACUCAAAUGGAUGCCAUAUGUGCAAACAUGGAUGGCUAGCCAUGCAGAUCGCAUACCUCUUGAACCACAGCAGUAUCUAAUGGGACUUUUUGCAAGCUGCGUCGAAAAUGGUCUGCACUUUGUGAACAAGAAAUGCACACAAGCCAUUUCUCAGGUUGACAUUAGUAAGGUCACAACUCUCUGCGCUCUCCUUGAAUCUCUGCUAUUGGGAAAAAAUGGCCCAGAUCUCCAGUUGGAUCCUACUCAGUUGAAUGGUAUUAUUUGUCAGACAUUUGCCUUCUGUUAUAUCUGGUCCAUUGGAGGAAAUUUGACUGAAAACCAUUGGGAUGCCUUUGAUACAUUUGUGCGACAUCAAUUUGAGGAUCAUCCUGAGGCUAAGAUACCAACAUCUGGUGACCUGUGGAGCUACUACAUGGACUUUGACAACAACCGACUAGAUCCAUGGGAUAGAAUUAUUCCCAGUUUUAAGUAUGAUAGUGAAAUACCUUUUUUUGAAAUGCUUGUUCCAACAACAGACACUGUGCGAUUUGGCUAUCUGUUGGAAAAACUCCUUGCUGUGAGGCAUUCUGUUCUAUUCACUGGGACAACUGGAGUGGGGAAGUCUGUGAUUGCGCGCAGUUUGCUGAAUCAAAUCCAAGAUGACGCUGGAUAUGUCCCCCUUUACAUCAACUUUUCUGCUCAAACUUCAUCUUCGCGGACGCAAGAGAUAAUUGAAUCCAAACUGGAAAAGAAAAGGAAAAAUAUAAUUGGUGCUCCAGGGAAUAGAAGAGUCAUAAUCUUUGUUGAUGAUCUUAACAUGCCCAAAUUGGAUCGUUAUGGAUCUCAACCUCCCAUUGAGCUUCUUCGACAAUACCAGGACUUUGGUGGAUUCUAUGACAGAGAGAAACUCUUUUGGAAGGAAAUACAGGACGUUACAAUUGCUGCUGCCUGUGCCCCUCCUGGUGGUGGACGAAAUCCAGUGACCCCCCGUUUCAUAAGACACUUCAGCAUGUUAUGCCUCCCAACACCCUCUGAGCACAGCCUGAAACACAUAUUUCAGGCUAUUUUGAAUGGAUUUCUGGCAGAAUUUACUCAAGCAGUGAAACAAUGUUCCAUCAGUAUUGUGGAAGCAGCUGUUGAGAUAUACCACCGAAUGAGUGUUGAUCUAUUGCCAACACCUGCUAAGUCUCAUUAUGUUUUCAAUCUUAGGGAUUUAUCAAAGUGCAUACAGGGAAUUCUUCAAUGUAAUCCUGGUACAGUAAGAACUGAUGACCAAAUUUUUAGGCUUUUUUGCCAUGAGUGUCAGCGAGUUUUCCAUGAUCGUCUCAUCAACACUGAAGACAAACAUUACUUCAUUAAUAUGUUAUGUGAAAUGGCUGGCAAGCAUUUUUCAAUCCACUUGGAGCCGAGUUAUUUUCUUCUUAAACCAAUUAUUUUUGGAGAUUUCAUGAAGAUUGGAGCGGAGAAAGCCGACCGACUAUACGAAGAUUUGCAAAAUUAUGAGAAAGUAAAAUCUACUCUACGGGACUACAUGGAUGACUUUAAUAUGAUAAGUUCCAAGGAAAUGAAACUGGUUUUCUUCCAAGAUGCUGUUGAACAUGUUUCCAGAAUCGCUCGCAUGAUUCGCCAAGAACGAGGAAAUGCUCUUCUUGUGGGUGUUGGAGGUACAGGCAAACAGUCCCUCACGCGACUUGCUGCUCACAUAUGUAACUACAAGUGCUUUCAAAUUGAACUCAGUCGUGGUUACAAUUAUGACUCGUUCCACGAGGACUUAAGAAAACUUUACAAAUUGGCUGGCGUUGAGGACAAAGAUACAGUGUUUCUCUUCACUGACACACAGAUAGUGGUAGAGGAGUUCCUGGAAGACAUCAAUAACAUCCUCAACUCUGGAGAGGUUCCAAAUCUAUUUGAGAAAGAUGAGCUUGAGCAAGUGCUCGCUGCCACACGUCCAAAAGCCAAGGAUGCUGGAAUACCAGAAGGAAACAGAGAUGAAGUUUUUCAAUUUUUUAUAAAUCGUGUUCGGCAGAAACUGCAUAUUGUACUUUGCAUGAGUCCUGUUGGUGAUUCAUUUCGAGCUCGAUGUCGAAUGUUUCCAUCUCUUGUAAAUUGCUGUACUAUUGACUGGUUUGUGCAGUGGCCACGAGAAGCUCUGCUUUCUGUAUCAAAGAACUUCUUUGCAAACGUUAAUCUGGGCAGUGAUGAAAUGAAGGAAAAGUUUUCUGAAAUGUGUGUACGAGUUCACACAAGUGUGAAUGAGAAGGCAGAUCAAUACUAUGCUGAGCUGCGACGGCGGUACUACACAACACCCACAUCUUAUCUCGAGCUGAUUAACCUGUACUUGGCCAUGCUGGCAGAGAAACAAAAGGAACUAAUUUCGGCUCGGGAUCGUGUGAAAAAUGGUCUUACCAAAUUGCUAGAGACAAAUGUGCUGGUAGACACAAUGCAAGUUGAGCUUUCAGCUCUCGAGCCAAUUCUUCAGCAGAAAUCAAUUGAUGUAAAUGCUUUAAUGGAAAAAUUGAGUGUGGACCAUGCAGAGGCAGACCAGAUUCGUAGAAUUGUACAGGAAGAUGAAGUUUUAGCCAAGACAAAAGCUGCAGAGACCCAAGCUAUAGCUGAUGAUGCGCAGCGAGAUCUUGAUGAAGCUAUGCCUGCCUUGGAUGCAGCAAACAAAGCUCUUGACUCUUUGGACAAGGCAGAUAUAUCUGAAGUCAGAGUAUUUACCAAACCUCCAGAUCUUGUCAUGACUGUCAUGGAAGCCAUUUGCAUCCUCCUUAAUACAAAAACGGACUGGGCUUCAGCGAAGCAAGUUCUUGGUGAUUCAAACUUUUUGAAGAAACUCAUGGAUUACGACAAAGACAACAUUAAACCCCAGAUUCUACAACGGCUUCAGAAAUAUAUAAAUAACCCUGAUUUCGUGCCAGAAAAAGUAGAGAAAGUGUCCAAAGCUUGCAAAUCUAUGUGUAUGUGGGUGAGAGCUAUGGAUCUGUAUUCUCGAGUUUCUAAAGAGGUAGAGCCAAAACGGAUAAAACUAGCUGCGGCUCAGGCUGAACUUGAUGCCACCUUGGCAACACUGAAGGAAAAACAGACUAAAUUAAGGCAACUUGAUCAAAGACUCGAGGAUCUUCAAGAACAGUAUGAUGAUAAUGUGGGGGAAAAAGAAAAGCUUGCACAAACAAUGGAACUAACACAGGCUCGAUUAGUGCGUGCUGGAAAACUUACUGCUGCUCUUGGAGACGAACAAAUUCGCUGGCAAGAAAGCAUAGUUCUGUUUGAACAGGAAAUAGCAAACGUUAUUGGAAAUGUCUUCAUUGCAGCAGCUUGUGUGGCAUAUUAUGGAGCCUUUACUUCAAAGUACCGGCAGCUGCUAAUUGAUGACUGGAUUAAUGGUUGCAAAGAACUGGAAAUUCCUAUCAGCGCAGACUUCAGUCUCAUCAACAUCUUAGGUGAUGCAUUUGAAAUUCGUCAAUGGAACACUGAUGGUCUACCCCGUGAUAAUGUUUCCACCGAGAAUGGCAUUCUUGUGAAGCGAGGUCAUCGGUGGCCCUUGAUGAUUGAUCCACAGGAUCAGGCAAAUCGCUGGAUAAGAAACAUGGAAACUAAAAAUGGUUUGAAGGUAAUUAAGCUAACAGACUCUGGCUUUUUACGCACGUUGGAAAAUAGUAUUCGUCUUGGAAUGCCAGUACUGUUAGAAGAGCUGAGGGAGAGCUUGGAUCCAUCUCUGGAGCCAAUUCUUCUAAAUCAGACAUUUAUGACAGGUGGCAGAUUACUUAUGCGGUUGGGAGAUACAGACAUUGAUUACGACAAAAAUUUCAAGUUCUACAUGACAACUAAAAUGUCCAAUCCACACUAUCUGCCAGAGGUAUGUAUAAAGGUCACCAUUAUCAACUUUACAGUGACUAAGUCUGGCUUGGAAGAUCAGCUGCUAAGUGAUGUUGUGAGAAUUGAGAAACCUGAACUUGAGGAACAAAGAAACCAAUUAAUUGUUCAAAUCAAUGCAGACAAAAAUCAACUGAAAGCUAUUGAAGAUAGAAUUUUGAAACUGCUUUUUACUUCAGAAGGCAACAUUCUGGAUAAUGAAGAAUUGAUAAAUACUCUUCAGCAGUCCAAGGUUACCUCAGCUGCUAUAAAAGUUCGGUUGGAGGAGGCUGAAGCCACAGAACAGAAAAUUAAUUCUGCUCGUGAGAAAUAUCGCCCUGUGGCUACUCGUGGAUCCGUCAUGUAUUUUGUUGUUGCUAGCUUGUCUGAAAUAGACCCAAUGUACCAAUUUUCUUUAAAAUACUUCAAGCAGCUCUUUAAUCAAACCAUCGAGACAUCUGACAAGACCUAUAACCUGCAGAAACGUCUGAAGAUUUUGUUAGAUGCAACACUUUUCACUGUUUACACCAAUGUUUCCAGAGGUCUCUUUGAAAAACACAAACUUAUAUACAGUUUUUUGCUGUGUACUGAUAUUCUGCGCCAAAAUGAAGAAAUCUCAGAUGCUGAAUGGAACUUCUUCCUUAGAGGGUCUGUAAGCUUGGAUAAGGAGCGGCCUCCAAAACCAAUGGCUCCUUGGUUGAGAACUGCAGUGUGGCAUACAUGCUGUGACCUUGAAGACAAUUUACCAUGCUUCAGGGGCAUCACCGAGGAAGUUAUUGCGACUCACGUACAGGUCAAAUUAGGACGUCUUGACGUUGGUAUCAACCCACCAACUUGGGAUGGAUACAUAACAGAGUUACCUCUAUAUUCACCAAAACCAGCUGAGGCUGAAGACCAAGAAUAUGUUGUCACUGGGCACUGGAAUGAAAGACUGACGUUAUUUCAGAAACUCAUUUUAAUUAAAUCAUUUUGGGAAGAAAAGGUAGUAUUUGCAAUCACAGAUUUUGUCAUAGAAACUCUUGGACAGGAGUUUGUGGAGAACCCUCCUGUGGAUUUAGCUACACUUUAUCAGGACAUGUCAAAUAACGUUCCCCUCGUUUUCAUAUUAAGUACUGGUUCAGAUCCGAUGGGAGCCUUUCUGAGAUUUGCAAAAGAAAGGGACUACUCUGACAGGGUAGAGUCUAUUUCUCUGGGACAAGGACAAGGGCCUAUUGCUGAAAAACUGAUUAAAGAAGCUAUAAAGACAGGAAACUGGAUAUUUCUUCAAAAUUGUCAUCUUGCAGUUUCCUGGAUGUUAACAAUGGAGGAGUUAGUAAAGUCAUUCACAGAGCCAAAUGCUGUUAUUCAUGACAACUUCAGGCUGUUCCUAAGCUCCAUGCCUACCACCACCUUUCCUGUUACAGUUUUGCAAAACUCAGUCAAGGUCACAAAUGAACCUCCAAAGGGACUGCGUGCUAACAUUCGACGAGCUUUCAUGGAGAUUACAGCCUCCUUCUUUGAGGAGCAUACCUUGGGCAGGAAAUGGAGAAAGCUAAUCUUUGGCAUUUGUUUCUUCCAUGCUGUGAUUCAGGAAAGGAAGAAGUUUGGUCCAUUGGGCUGGAAUAUCUGCUAUGAGUUUAGUGAUAGUGAUCGAGAAUGUGCUCUUCUCAAUUUGAAUCUGUAUUGUCAAGGAGGAAAUGUCCCAUGGGAUGCUCUGGUGUACAUUACUGGUGAGAUCACUUAUGGAGGUCGAGUCACAGAUGCAUGGGACCAACGAUGUCUCCGCACUAUCUUAAAACGAUUUUUCUCACCUACCAUUCUGGAAGAUGGAUACAAGUAUUCAGGAUCAGGAACUUACUAUAGCCCUGAGGCAGACAGCUUGCUGGCAUACAGAGAAUAUAUUGAAAGCCUUCCCCUGAUUGAUGACCCGGAAAUAUUUGGGAUGCAUGAAAAUGCUAAUUUGGCUUUCCAGCGAAAUGAAACUAAUAACAUGAUAGUAACAGUUCUUGUAGUACAGCCCAACAUUAUGGCACGUGGGACUGGCAAAAGUAGUGAUGAAAUUGUUCACGAUUUAGCAGAUUCCAUUCUCUCAAAGAUUCCAGAAAAGCUUGACCUUGAAGUUGCAAUUGAAUCCCUAUUUGUCAGAGAUAAGAAAGGACGCUUAGAUUCGUUAACCACUGUUCUUGGUCAAGAAGUUGACCGUUUUAACGGUCUCCUGGUCGUCUUAAAAGACUCUUUAAUUACACUGAACAAAGCCAUCGCUGGAUUUGUGGUAAUGUCUGAAGAGGUGGAAAAGACAUACACCAGUUUCCUAAACAAUCAGGUUCCAUCUCUUUGGGCCGAUGCAGCUUAUCCCUCACUCAAGCCCUUGGGAGCAUGGGUGAAAGAUUUUAUAUUAAGAACAGAGUUUAUUGCGACUUGGAUCAAACAAGGACAACCGAAGUCUUUCUGGAUUUCUGGAUUCUUCUUUCCUCAGGGAUUUCUGACAGGCACACUUCAGAACCAUGCCAGGAAAUACAACCUUCCAAUUGAUGAACUUAGCUUUCGUUAUAAUGUUAUUCCUGUGUACCGGAAUGCAAUGGAAGUAGCAGAAGCUAUGAAAACCAUAAAAUUUGGGGAGGUGCUUCCAAUGGAUGAAUUGUUACCUUCCCCUAAAGAUGGUGUACUGGUCCAUGGAAUGUUUAUGGAUGCUUGCCGCUGGGAUGAUAAAAAAAUGGUGCUGGAAGAUGCCUUUCCCAAAGUGAUGCAUGCUGUUUUACCAGUUGUGCACUUUGAGCCUGCACAGAAUUACGAACCAAUUUCAUCACUGUAUCACGCACCGCUCUACAAAACUGGGGCCCGAGCAGGAACCCUGUCAACCACAGGUCAUUCUACAAAUUUUGUUGUGACUGUGCUAUUGCCAUCAAAAAGGGACAGUGACUAUUGGAUCUCAAAAGGAGCUGCUUUGCUUUGCCAGCUGAAUGAUUAAAUCUUGGUAUACCUGUGCAGGCCAGGUCAUUUGUUUAGGAAUUAUUUCUGUGUAAAUAAUUCUGAAAAUAGCUUUCUAAGAAGGAGAAGGACUGGAAUCUUUAUUUUGGAUAGACUUUUGUAUACACUUUAGCUCUUAUUUUAUUUUAUUCUCCUAUGGCAAAUAUAGCUAUUUGAGUUUUUAUAUUUAACUUUUUUUAAAAUCACUACAUUA